AUGUUCAACUCGUGGGGCUUGGUCAACAGCUACGGAACGUUCUCUUCAUACUACAUGCAGAGUCUUCUACCCGGACGAGAUCUCCUACUACUGAGCAUGAUAGGUUCAACGCAAUCUUUCGUCGUGCUCGCGCUCUCCGCCCCGGUCGGACGCUUCCUAGAUGCCGGCCACAUUCGGUACUUGCUCAUUACUGGCACCAUCUUCGUUUCCAUCGGCUUCUUUACACUUUCUGUCGUCAACGGAGAUGGAGGAUACGAUCAUGGAAAUUAUGGUCUCAUUUGGCUGACACAAGGACUCAUCUCUGGACUGGGCAUGGCCUGCUUCUUCGUCAGCUCUUCCCAAGUCGUGUCCACUUGGUUCAUAGCCAAGAAAGGUACCGCCAUCGGCAUUGUGGCAUCUGGUGCCAGUAUCUCCGGUCUUCUUUAUCCCAUGAUGACUAGAUUCCUCCUCCACGAUGUGGGCUUCAACAACGCUGUUAGAGGUGUGGCCGGCGUCAUUUGCGGAACUUGCAUAAUCGCCAUUUUCGCCGCACGUCCAAAUCCCGCCCACGAAUUCGACAACACCAAGAGCUUUCGCAGGGUGGAUACUUUCAUUGACAGUAGUGCGUUCCGCAACGGCCCGUUUGUAUGGCUCUGUGCAGCCAUCUCUUUCCUCUUCUUCGGGUUCUAUGCUGUGUUCUUCAGCCUCGAAGAGUGGGCCGUCUCUGAAGGAUUUGGAUACCGGAGAGCGAACGUAGUCGGAGUCAACGCAGGCUUACCACACAAGAACCCGGAUGACGCUCUAGAGACCUUCUGGCUGCUAGCUAUGAUGAACGCAACCUCAACUCUCGGACGCAUUGGAUCGGCCUAUCUCUGCGAUCAUUUUGGCGCUCUAAAUGUACACGCUGUCGUCACCUUCGUCGCCUCAGUGCUGAUACUGACACUGUGGACGACGGCAAGCACCCUCAAAUCGGCGAUCGCAUUUGUGAUCCUCUUUGGAGCGUUCUCUGGAGCAGUCAUUGGGCUUCCACCAGCAUCCGUGGCCGACAUUCUUGGAAAAUUCAACAAGCAAAACCAAAAGAAGCUCGGUCAGUGGACUGGCAUGAUGUAUUCGUGCUCUGCGGUUUUCGCCUUGACAGGACCGGUCAUUGCUGGCCAUCUAGUCACUGAAUACUCGACGUUCCUGAGCGUCCAGUGCUGGAGCGGAGUCUGCCUGUUUUUGAGCGCAUCCUGCAUGGCCAUGGGUGUCUUGAACCUACAAGCCGGGAGGAGGGGAUGGCCAUCGAUAUGGCAUUUUUUCGACAAAAGAGCGAAGGCUUCGACUCAGCAGAGCCGUGCUUCUUCCAUGGUGUCUACGUACGAAAAUCCUGUCAAGGAGGAGGUACAUGUAUGA